GGAGAGCGAGCUGGGGAGAGCGAGGCAGUUGAGUGAAGGACCGGUGCGAGUCAGACAGCCCUUGAGGCUCUGCUCGCCCACCUUCCACUCUGCCUGCCCCCCCCCCCACCUCACUCUCUCUCUUUUCCUCUCUCUCUUCCACUUUUCCCCUCUGAAAUCUCGAAUUUAGCCAAAGGAAGGAGGUAAGGGGAGCGCCCCCUCCCUCCAAAAUCUAAUAAAACUUUCACAGUUGGGACCGAGUGGUCGCCGGCUGGCCAUGGAGCUGCUUUGCUGCGAGGUGGACCCGGUCCGCAGGGCUGUGCCGGACCGCAACCUGCUGGAAGACCGCGUCCUGCAGAACCUGUUGACCAUCGAGGAGCGCUACCUCCCGCAGUGCUCCUAUUUCAAGUGCGUGCAGAAGGACAUCCAGCCGUACAUGCGCAGGAUGGUGGCCACCUGGAUGCUAGAGGUCUGUGAGGAACAGAAGUGUGAAGAGGAAGUCUUUCCUUUGGCCAUGAAUUAUCUGGACCGCUUCUUGGCCGGAGUCCCGACUCCUAAGACCCAUCUUCAGCUCCUGGGCGCAGUGUGCAUGUUCCUAGCCUCUAAGCUCAAAGAGACCAUCCCGCUGACUGCGGAAAAGCUGUGUAUUUACACCGACAACUCCGUGAAGCCCCAGGAGCUGCUGGAAUGGGAACUGGUGGUGCUGGGCAAGCUGAAGUGGAACCUGGCUGCAGUCACCCCUCAUGACUUCAUUGAGCACAUCCUGCGCAAGCUCCCCCAGCAGAAGGAGAAGCUGUCUCUGAUCCGCAAGCAUGCGCAGACCUUCAUCGCUCUGUGUGCUACCGACUUCAAGUUUGCCAUGUACCCACCAUCGAUGAUCGCAACCGGAAGUGUGGGAGCAGCCAUCUGUGGGCUUCAGCAGGAUGAAGAAGCAAACACACUCACGUGUGAUGCACUGACCGAACUGCUGGCCAAGAUCACCCACACUGAUGUGGAUUGUCUCAAAGCCUGCCAGGAGCAGAUCGAGGCUGUGCUGCUCAACAGCCUGCAGCAUUUCCGUCAAGAGCAGCACAAUGGAUCCAAGUCUGUGGAAGAUCUGGACCAAGCCACCACACCUACAGAUGUUCGGGAUGUUGACCUGUGAGGAUGCCGUUCGGGGCCUGCAAGAGAGAGGCGUGUUUUGUCAUCUGCUCGCUCCUUCUCUCUCUAGUUAUGUUUUGUUCUUUGUGUUUUAGGAUGAAACUUUAAAAAAAAAAAAUUCUGCCCCCACCUAGAUCAUAUUUAAAGAUCGUUUAGAAGUGAGAGGAAAAGGCCCUAUAAUUGAAAUGCAUGUGGUGCCUGCUCAAAGUACAGCGAAGUACCCUUGUAUAUGCAAACAGCUGUUGUUUGAUGAUGUAAAAGUCAUAGUCAGAUGCUUACAGGAAAACUCGCAGACUAGCUCGAGAUUAUGUACACCUGCAAUAUGGGAACAAAUUAGAGGAGACUGUCUUUUGUGCUUGUGAACUAGUGCGUAUGCCCCUUUUCGUAGAAUUGGAAGGAGUUGUGGGUGCCAGAAAGGCAUGACUAGAUUGCAAUGCCGUGAACCCAAGAAGGAAUCAGAAGCAAGCAGGGACAUGCUGGAGAGGUUGUACAGAACAACCUGUCCACGUGACUGAACCAUUUUGGAUGUAAGAAGCGCCUUGACGCCUCACCAUGUGUUACCAAGACUUAGCAUGGCGAGGUCUCUACGUUGUAUACUCUCACUGUCUACAGUAGCUGCUAUCUAAGGGAUAUGUCUUUUGCCAGUUGGACACAGGUGAUUGGUUCCUAAGUCUCAUAUUUGGUGAGUUUGUGCUUCUUCCUCCAAACAUGGUUCACUGUAGAUGUAUCCUACUGUUACCUAAUGGAGGGAAUUAGCUAUGGGCCAUGACCAAAAUUCAUCUAAAUGGGAGCAGAUGGAGACCACAAGCAGAAUCCAAAACUAAGCUUUCCUAUGUAACAGAAGAGGCCGAGGUGAUCUUUAAUCCCUUAUUAGGAAAAAACGACAACUUAGCUUCUGGUGCUGACUGGCAUGUCUGGUCCACAGUUUGAUGCUGUUAUAAACCAUUCCAUUAGAAAAGCACUUUGAAAAAUUGUUCCGGGGUGAGGUGGGGUGGG